AUGCACAAUCAUGUAGUUACCCGUAGUUGGCAGCACAGUGUCAUCCAAGCAAAGAAUCAACCAAAACAAUACGACUUAUUCUUUAGCAUUCCAGCCAAAUAUGCUGGAAAGUUAGUAGAGGAUCUAGAGCUGACUGUUCAAAAAUACGGCAACAAUGUAGUGCGAAUUCAAUUGUCAAAUCGAUUGCACAUCGAACAGUGUCGAGCUCAAUUUAAAAGAAUAUUGCUAAUCGCCGGCUUGGCGGUCGUUUACUUCGCUAUUAUCCUAAAGUUUGACAAAGAGGGAACUAGAAUUACAGCAGCUCACAUUCUGAUUCCUUCAUUGUUAUGGUUAGCUAUAUCCUCUUAUUUACUUCGCACCGCAUUGAACCUGGUGCAGUCGGAAAAAGUCUUUUACAGCAGGGACAUAGCACUGCAGGCGACAACAGUGCGCACCUUUGGACGCGAGUCAACAUCAAUUUGUGUGGAACAUGGACAUAUUCAUGACAUGGUUCUCAAUGAAGUUAUUGAAAAUCUUGAUGUGAAGUACAUGCUAAUACUUCGCACUAAAGGCAGUGUAUUCAGAAGGACACCAAUAAUACCUUUAUUUAAUAGGUUGCAUCCUUCCUUCGAGUGCUUGGAGCAGAUUCAACAAAUCUUACACACCUAUUGGCUUAAGAAUAUCCCAGUCAGUCCAAAGGAUGCUCAGAGCAGUGAUUCUCCCUCAUUGAUGGCACUGUAAAGUUCCUCUAACUUAUCUGACUAGAGAUUUAAAAUCAAUUUGUAAAUAAAUAUAUAGCUGUAAAUAAAUGUGAUUUGCGUGUGCUUAG